AUGGAAGCAACAGUUGUUACUCCACUAAAUGCCUCUUCCUUUUCGCGUCAUUUUUCUAUACCUUAUGAACAAGUAAAAGAUCAACGAUGUCCAGAAGUAACUAUUGCUGUAAAUCCGCAUAUAGGAUGGUAUAAAUCAAGUGCUGACCGUAAAAUGUUUCCGUUUCUCAGUACAAAGAAUCCAAUCGAACCAGAUAUCAAAGCAGAGGAUUUUAUUUUAUACAAAAUGGUAACAAAUUAUGAGGAUGUAUUUUAUUGCCGUCGUACACCUGAAAACGAAUCAAUACGUCUGCUGUACUGUUCUCAUGCUUUAAAUCAUUCGCUUAAGUGUCAAACGCUUGUAUCGAAGAAUAAUGAAAAAGAAAAACAAUUCGGUGCAUCUGAUUCUUUACGAGAUCAAGGAUUUCACCGGGCACGUACUCUUAUUUUAGCACCAACUAAAGAAGCGGCUAGGCGAAUAGUUCAUACAUUUUUCCAUUUAAUGCCUAAAGGCUCCACAGUAAGUCACCGACGUCGUUUUGAACGAGAUUUUGGUCCACAACCUGGAGAUACUGACAAAGAGAAGAAAAAGGGAAGAAAACCUAAAGAUUAUGAAGAAUGGUUCAGUGGUAAUUCAAGUGACAAUUUUCGUAUUGGUAUGGCAUUUUCUAAAAAGUCUGUAAAAUUGUAUUCUGCAUUCCGUGAUUCCGAUAUAAUUUUAGCUUCUCCUUUGGGAAUUAAAACUGUUAUCGAUGAUGAAGUAGAGAAAGAAGCUGAUGUUCAAUAUAUCAUAGCAUCUAUCGAAUUGUUGAUUAUCGAUCAAGCUGAAAUGUUAUUAAUGCAAAAUUGGGCUACUGUACAACAGAUUGUCUCUUUACUCAAUCAACGUCCAACUGUUCCUGUGUUUGCAUCAGCUGCACGUAUUCGAUUAUGUUACUUAGCUGGUUAUGGUAAACGUUAUCGUCAAACUUUACUAUUCUCUGCCGUAUCAAAUUUUUUGAUCACAUUAUUAUCAGGUGAAUGCGAAAAUUUUCAAGGCAUGAAUUAUAUACCACCAUUAUCACAUUACCCUGAUUUAUAUCCAACAUUUUUACCCGAUUGGGUACGUAUUCCUGGAUUGAAAGCAUCUAUUCGAACUGGACAGAAACGUCAACAUUCAGAUAUGAAUGAUAUAAAAGAAGGAGAUAAAUCAUUAACAAAUUAUAACUUCAAGUUACAUUUAAUUUCAUUUGUAGUUCCUGGACAAAUUUCUGUUAAAUCAUCUACAAAAUUGGUCAAUGAAAAUAAUCAAUCAGAUUCAGAUGAUGAAAUAGAAAUAUCACCUAAGACGACAACUGAUAAUUCUCUUCAUUGCCUUUCUAAUACCUUAAAAAUAGAUUCAUCAACAAAUUCAUUAUUAUUAUCUACUAAAACACUUGGAUUCACUGAUUACGCAUAUUUAUCAGGACGUAAUGUUUCUAUAGCUCGAUUAAAUGCCUUUAAACAACGAAUAUUACCUAGGCUACGUCGAGGUUCAGAUCCUCGUGUUCUUAUAUAUGUGCCAGAUUUCUACGAUCUUGAAGAAUUGCGCCAAAUUUUACUUGCUGAAUCUUUGGAUUUUUGUUGUAUUAAUGAAUAUACAGAAGACUCAGAAGCUGAACGAUUUCGUACCUUGUUUGGUGAUGGUCGUAUUCGUAUUUUGUUAAUAACUGAGCGUUAUUACUUCUUUCGAAGACGAAAAAUUCGUGGUCCUCAAACAUUUAUUUUUUAUGGUCCACCAACAUUUCCAUGGUUUGUCAAGGAAUUAUACGAUUUUCGACAUUUAGAAAGCGAAAUACAAUACAAUAUGACUAUACUCUAUUGUCAUCCGAUAGAAACUCAUAUUGUAUCUAUGAUAACUGGUUCAGUAGAAUUUUAA